CAGUAAGAAUGCAUGUCUUUUGUGAAAAUGACACAUCGUGUCGCACCCGCCCUGAGGAAGCAGGUGAGGAGAAGUUAAACCGGACGGGGGGACACGUUCAGUGUUGAUUUAUAUCGCAAAGAAUUCAUCAAAAAUGGCAGACCUGUGGGAAGACUUGCAAAGUGUUGCGAAUGCUGCUCCUGCUUCAUUCACAGCAGCGCCAGGGGAGAGAGGUACCAUUAAGGCCAAUUCUAACUUCAACGUCAGUGAAGAUGUUGCAGCUCUCCGUAAAGCAGUUGAAGGCAUAGGUACAACCGAGAAGACACUGAUAGACAUACUUACUCACAGGAGCAGCAGUCAGAAACAGGCUAUUUCAAAGGCAUAUGAAGAAACCACAAAGAGGAUUCUUGUAAAUGACUUGAAAGGUGACACCAGGGGCAAUUUUGAAAAGGUGCUUGUUGCCCUCACCAGACCGCUUGCACUCAAUGAUGCCAAAUGGCUAAUCAAAGCAAUGAAAGGGGCAGGAACGGACACCAACAUCCUGAUAGAAAUACUUGCCUCGCGGACAAAUAAACAGAUCAAGGAGCUGUCUGCCGCAUAUGCUGAGAAAACAAAGAAAACGCUGAUACAGAACUUAAAAACAGAAGUUUCUGGGGAUUUUGGCAAAGCAAUCCUUCUGCUUGCUGAGGGUGCGAGGGAUGAAAGCACCAAUGUGAAUGCAGACAAGGCUAAAGAGGAUGCAAAGGCCCUCUAUCAUGCAGGCGAGAAGAGACUGGGAACUGAUGAGUCCAAGUUCAUUGAGAUCCUCUGUAAAAGGAGCAUCCCUCACCUGAGACAAACAAUAUUGGAAUAUAAAAACAUCAGUGGCAAGACUUUGCAGAAGAGCAUUGAGAAGGAAAUGUCUGGAAAAUUGGAGGAACUGCUGGUUGCCGUUGUAAAGUGUGUGAUGAGUACUCCUGCAUACUUUGCUGAAAAACUCUACAAAAGCAUGAAGGGAGCUGGUACAGAUGAAACCACUCUGACCAGAGUAAUGGUCAGCCGUGGAGAGGUUGACAUGCUGGACAUCAGAGCUGAAUUCAAGAAGCUCUAUCAGAAUUCACUCUACAAGGAAAUAAGUUCUGAUGUGUCUGGCAACUACGGUGAUUGCUUGAACAUGAUUUGUGGAGGAGAAGACUAACCCAGAAAUGCUACUAAUGAUUUCCUGUUUGGUUAUUUUGCAAUGUCUGUUAAAUGAAUACAUGUAAAAAAGCUUUUUCAGAAAAUAUGUAGUUUGUAGCUGGUUUACUGCAGGUAAAGGCACAGAGUAAAAUUAAUAUUGAUUCAUGAUUGCUGUUUAAAACAUUCCCAUUGUUUUGUCUAAAUGACUCGAUGGCAAGUAAAAACACUGCAAUGUUGAAAUUCUGAUAAAUCAUGAAUAUUAAAAACAAUAAAGAAAUUACUAUGAAUA